GGCUGGAAGUAGAAGAACCAAUGGUGUGACAGUCACCUUUUUUAAAAAUAUGCUUCUUUCGCUGUUAAAAAGUGAAGUUCAGGGACUAGUUACACGUCCUGAAUUCGAAAUUGUUGUUCCUGGAUCUGAAGUUCCAGACUGGUUCAUUUAUCGGAGUGAAGGAUCAUCAAUAAGAAUUUCUCAGCCAUUGCUAACGUGUAGGGGACUGGCAUUUUGUGCUGUUCUUUCGGUGCAUGAUCUAAAGGACAUAUGGAUGAAACUUGAUUGUGACGCACAAGUGACUAUCAAUCCUGCACAUGCUGUUUCCAAGACACCCCUGGACACAAAAAGGACUCGUAUUCUCUCCAUGACAUUCCUUCUAAAUUCCUUGGCUGGGAAAGAUCACCUCUGGUUGUUCUACAUUUCUAGAAGUUGUCUCACUGACAACGAUUUACUAGAAGUUUCUUUUGGAGAUAAAACCGAUAAAGGCGUUACUACGAAGGUAAAAACGUGUGGGCUCCAUCCAGUAUAUGAUUCUGACAUUGAAGAAUUCAUCAAAGCAUCCAGUAGUCUUAGUAGCAAUACUAGUCCUGAGGUUUUGGCUCCUGAUAGAUUAGCAGUAACAAGUAGUGUCAUCAAGCGAAGCCCUGAUUACAGCCCUGAUCAGCAGCCGUAUCCAAAAAGAUUGAAGUGAUACUGUUUGAGUGCUUAAACCUUAUGAACAAAUAAUUCUUGGAAUUAAACUCUUCACUCCAUCCUGCUGGCCUUUUCUCUGCCUUUGACUUGCUAUGGUUUUUGUAAGU